AUGUAUUCGAAAUUUCUGUUUGCUCUGUUCAUCAUUUGUCGAAAUUAUUGCCUCAGAUCUGUAGAAGAAAGCAAUCGAAUUUUCAAGAUGUGUUCGAAAUUUCUCUUUGCUCUGUUCAUCUACUUCCUCGCAGCCCCCAUAUUUCUGUCCAAUAGCAUCACUCUCUACGGCGGCGCUUUCUUGAAUGCCGCCUCCAUCGCCCUGUUAAAGGAGAAGAACUUCACCUUCCUCCCGCUGCCUCCGUUCUUCCCGCCAGCUCCACCGCCUCUAUUUCGUGCCUUUACUCUUUCGCCCUUUCCACAGUCCUCGUAG